CUAAUGCUUGCUUUUUGUAAAUCGCAAUUCAAUGAUAUUACUUUUAUUCAGUGAUCGAUCUGAGAAACUGAUUAAUUUGAGCCCUAUUCAAAAAUCUUCAUGCCUUCAUGGUUUUGUGAAUUUCGCUAAUUACUCGCGCAUUUUUUUAAUAAUAAUUAUCCGCGCAUUCUGGAUAUUACAUUACUUCCUUGUUUCCCGCGAUAUAUAUCCAUGGAUGAUCUGAAAAAUUCAUGUUUCUGGUUGGUUAGAGUUUUGAUUGCAACCCUACCUCUGUCAAUCUGUUUCCAUAUCUUAUUGUUGAAUCAUUAUUAUAUCUACGUUAGUGACCUUUAUCUUGCCCAUUAGUAUGAUCCUUUCAAGUUUUACUUUUCACCUCAGAACAGAUACUUGGUCUAUUUGACUCAAAAUUCAGAAAGUUGCAUAGUAUGUUGAUGGAUGUGUUAAUUUUUUUUUUUCCUCUCGGUGCAAUAAUUUAACUAACAUUCUUUUAUCGCUUGUAUUGGCACUGACUGAUAUUUCCACAGACCAAAGAUAUCGAUUGAAGAUAAAAGAAUAGGGGUGAAAGCUGGUAAAGGAUUGGAUGGCGGAGUUUAUUGGACCGAGACUGUACAGUUGCUGUAAUUGUCGAAACCAUGUUGCUCGUCAUGAUGAUGCUAUUUCAAAAGCUUUUCAGGGAAGAAAUGGACGGGCUUUUUUGUUCUCCCAUGCAAUGAAUGUUAUGGUGGGGCCUAAAGAAGACCGGCAGCUUAUGACAGGCCUCCACACGGUUGCUGAUGUCUACUGUUGUGACUGCCGUGAGGUGCUGGGUUGGAAGUAUGAACGUGCCUAUGAGGAAACACAAAAGUAUAAAGAAGGAAAGUACAUUCUGGAGAAGUCCAAAAUAGUCAGGGAAGACUGGUCAUAAGUUAGUUGCCAAUGCCAAUGGUGUUCUGUGUCUGUCUCCAUGAUCUGUUAAUGUGCAAAAAUUUGAAAUUUUAAAGAUUAGAUUCAAUUAUUGUUCUUGGUUUGUUCAUUCUUUUGCUUUCUCUUGUAGUCUUGUACAAAAUGAUCAAAGACACAGACCAUGCCAAAUGUAUGAAAUGGGGAUGUUCUUCUGGUGCUGCCAUUGUUAUUUA